AUGGGCAAGAAAAAGAAUAGCAGAAAGAGUGGAUCGUUUGCUAUGGACAAUGAAAGUGAUUCUGUGACAUUUGGCGCUGCGCCAUCGGGCGAAAGUUUUAGUGCGAAUGCAGCCAGCACCCAAGUCCCUGUUCCGGUAUCUCGUAUUUCCUUCAUGAGACUGAAGGCUAGAGCUAUUUUCGAUCGGCUAGAGUCCAUACGCACAGAGAUGGAUAGUGAAAAGUUGCGUCAAAUGGAUGAAUACGACUUGCGAGGGCUGUUGGAAUCAUUGACGGAGCUUAAGUCAAAUUUUGUUGUGGCACACACCAGUUUGGAGGAUUUGGAUUUCGAGUCAAUGUCCAGUGAAAUUCCUGCCAAAUUCGACUCGUCGAUAUUGUCGUUGAGGACCAUUCUUCAGCGCGAGCUUGGAAGUCGCUCGAGCAAUAAGCAUUGUUCCACAUUAAACGCCAACUCUAGUGAAUCGCAGUCAAUCGUCAUAAUGUCUAAUCGAUCUCGGUUACCUCAUCUGGAGCUGCCCAAAUUCAGUGGAAUUUAUACGGAGUGGGCCAAUUUCUUCUCAAUGUUCACAGCGAUUAUUGACAAGGAGUCUGAGCUGAGCCCUAUCGAAAAAGCUGCAGCAUCUACGUUCCUGCUUGAGUGGCGCAGCCCUGAAUACCAUCAGCUCGCACACAUCAGAGGGAUAUUUGGGUUGGAGAAGGCUGACGCAUCGGUGGGCAGAUUGAGGGAAUUGACCGACAGAGUUACAUCGCAUAUUCGUGCUAUGGAGUCGCUUGCAAGCAAGGAAGAAGUGGCGGAUUGCAUUAUCGUGCAGACUGUUCUUCAGAAGCUGGACAAAGCUUCUCAAAAUAGAUGGGAGGAGUCUUCGUCGAAUCAAGAGCUGCCAUCUUGGGAGAAACUGUCUGGAUUCUUGGAAAAAAGAUGUCGCACGCUUGAAAAUGUGGAUCAAGGACAAGGACAAGGACAAGAUGGUCAGGUUGGCAAGUCCGGAAAAACCGUGAGAGAUGCUAGCUUCCCAACAGAAGGUAUCUCGGUGGAUCUCGUUCUGAAAUCGCGGAUUUCAGAGUUCACCACUAGCAUCACUGCCGUCGUUGCCCAGAAGAUCACGGACCAUCAACCUAGCAUCACAGUUAGCACUGCUAGUUGGCCUAUACCGUCGAAUAUCCAGCUUGCUGACCCUUCGUUCCAUAAGCCACAGCGGAUUGACCUGCUCAUCGGAGCCGGACUUUUCUUCGAGUUGCUGUGUGUGGGGCAAAUUCAGCUGGCGCCUGGACUACCGUUGCUGCAGAAGACACAUCUAGGAUGGAUUCUUUCUGGUGGCGGGCACUCGGCCCUCAAUAACUCGUCGUUCAUCGCAACCCAAUCUUCGGAUGACAUCAAUCACAGCACUCGGCUCGAUGAGUUGGUUCGUCAAUUUUGGGAAGUGGAGCACAUCUUUGAGCCAAUCGUUAGGGCAACAAAGGAGGAGCUGCACUGCGAGGACCACUUUGUCAAACAUCACACUCGAUUACCCUCAGGAGAAUAUUCUGUUAGCUUGCCCAUGAAGCGAAGUCUGGAGUCCUUGGGCGAUUCCUACUUGCAAGCAAAGCGGCGGUUGGAAAAUUUGGAGCGCAAAUUCGUGCGUAAUCCAGUUUUAUAUUCGAAAUAUUCGGCAUUUAUGAAGGAGUACCUGUCCCUUGAUCAUAUGUCUCUGGUUCCAAAUGAAGAUAGACACAAGUGCAGAUAUUUCUUGCCGCAUCAUUGCGUCAUUAAAGAGGAUAGCUCCACGACAAAGCUGAGAGUCGUAUUCGACGGCUCUGCAGUUACCACAUCUGGUCUCUCGUUGAAUGAUCUGCUUAUGUCAGGUCCCACCAUUCAAUCCAAGCUGUUUCACACUCUCCUUCGAUUUCGUACAUGUUCCAUUGCUCUUACAGGCGAUAUCGGUAAGAUGUAUAGGUGCGUGCGUGUCUCAAUGCCCGACACCAUGCUCCAAUGCAUCUUGUGGAGGGACUCUGUUGACGACGAUAUAAAGAUCUUCAAGCUAAACACCGUCACCUAUGGGACUAAGCCUGCAUCGUUUUUAGCUAUUCGAGCUAUGCAUCAGCUGGCCAUGGAUGAGUCGUCUUCGUAUCCAUUGGGUUCGGAAACCAUUCUACAGGACUUCUACGUAGACGAUAUGAUUUCUGGAGGAAAUUCAGUCGAGGAAGUGCUGGAUAUUAUGCGUCAAACCACGGAGCUUCUUGCUUGUGGCAAUUUUCAGUUAAGGAAAUGGUGUUCAAACUCUCCUGAUGUUCUUCGUGAAGUCCCUGAGGCAGAAAGGGAAAGUUUUCUGAAGCUCGAUGAUGGCAGCGAUGUGACCAAGGCGCUUGGACUCAUCUGGGAACCCCAGAGGGACAAGUUCCUGUUUACUUUUGCACCUCAAAUCGGUGUUGGCAAGCACACUAAGCGUUCGGUGUUGUCAACCAUUGCACGGUGCUAUGAUCCUAUGGGAUUGAUUGGACCCACAUUGACCAGAGCGAAAAUCAUCAUGCAGCGCAUGUGGAGAGACAAGCUGCAUUGGGAUGAAAGUCUUCCUCAGCCACUGGAAUCGGCUUGGACUGAGUUUUGCAAGGACUUCGCUACUGUGGGUAACGCUACAUUUCCGCGUUAUAUAUUUCAACCUAAGGCAAGGUUUGAGUUGCAUGCCUUUUGUGAUGCCAGCCUCCAGGCCUAUGGGGCUUGUAUCUACGCUCGUUCGUUUAGGGAUACCGCCGAUGAGGUACAUUUGCUUUGCUCGAAGGCUAGAGUUGCACCAUUGAAAACCCUCACGGUGCCUAAGCUUGAGCUAUGUGCAGCGUUCCUGUUAGCCAAUUUACUUCGCGAAAUUAGGAAAAUCGAUACCUUCGACUGCCCGAUCCAUUGCUGGUCGGAUUCAACUGUGGUACUGUCUUGGUUGCGAGAGGAACCAUCCAAAUUCAACGUGUUUGUGUCUAACAAGAUUUCCGCAAUACAGCAACUUACGAGGGGCAUGGAUUGGCGCUAUGUACCAACUGAAAUGAACCCGGCUGACAUUCUUUCAAAGGGAGCAGCGCCUCAGGAGCUCUUGCAGUCUAGGUUGUGGAUGAAUGGACCUUCUUUCUUGCAAGGCGAAAGAAGUAACUGGCCUGAACGUUGUUCGCCCGAACUCAGUCUUCCGGAAAUUAGGCAUCGAGUAUUGCUGUCGUCUGAGCGUGUCGACAUCUCGCUUUCGUUUAAGCACAUUAACUCAUUCGGAGUCAUGAUGCGCAUUUUCGGAUACGUUCAUAAGUUCGUCAGCAAGAAAAGGUCACUUGAUCUCUCGUUUGAAGACCUUCGCAAAGGAUCGCACUUGUUGUGUCGCAUCGUUCAACGCGCCCACCUUCAUCCCGAGUACCGUGCUCUGCGGAAGGGGAACUGUGUGGAGUCCUCCAGCAGCAUUAUAUCUCUCUCGCCUUUCAUAGAUGACGUUGGUUUGAUUCGUGUUGGUGGUCGCUUGCGGCACUCAACUCUUGGCUUCGAUGCACGCAACCCAAUAAUUUUGCCCAGGGAUCAUCCAUUGACGUUCGCCAUCAUCAUGCACUUUCAUCGGAAGCAUCACCAUGCUGGGCCGCAGUCUCUACUGGGAUCUAUUCGCUUGCAGUUCUGGCCCAUCGGCGGCAUGAAAACUGUUGCUCGAGCGUUGCGGAAAUGCAUCAUCUGCUGCAGGUCCAGACCUCGUCUUGUGAAACACAUAAUGGCUGACCUACCGAAGGAUCGAGUGCAGGAUUCGCCUGCAUUCAGCGUCACUGGAAUCGAUUACUGUGGUCCCUUCUAUUACAAGCCAGAUGGCCGCACUCGAACGCCUACAAAAUGCUACAUCAGCGUCUUCAUCUGUUUUGCAACAAAGGCCGUUUGGUUGGAAUUAGUGAAGGACCUCACAACUGCUGGAUUUUUGAGUGCCCUCAAACGCUUCGUUGCCACGCGCGGCAUACCCCGAUGCAUUUGGUCGGACAAUGCCACCAAUUUUGUGGGCGCAAGGAACGAGUUGGAGGACCUUCGGCGGCUGUUUAUGAGCGAGAAGCAUCGUGAUGCAGUUCAUAAUCAUUGCAUCAACAAUGGCUUCAAUUGGAAGUUUAUCCCGCCUCGCUCACCCCACUUCGGGGGCUUGUGGGAGGCAGCAGUGAAGAUGGCCAAGCAGCAUUUAUAUCGCUCCCUGGGAUCGUCACUCUUUGGUUUUGACGAGCUGCGGACAUUGGUCUGCCAAAUCCAGGCUGUAAUAAAUUCUCGUCCUCUUCUCGCAAUUUCAGAAAACCCUGAAGAUCUUGGCGUCCUUACACCAGGACAUUUUCUAAUUGGUCGUCCGCUGAUGGAGUUUCCCGAGCCAGAUGUUACAAAUCUGAACUUUAACAGACUAGAUUGCUGGCAAAGAGUCGCCUGUGCUCAGCAGAUCUUUUGGAAGCGUUGGAGUGAGGAGUAUUUGACUCUGCUACAACAACGUGCCAAAUGGCGCACACCGCAGCCAUCGAUCCAAGUCAACGACAUCGUCUGUAUAAAGGACGAAAACUUGCCGCCGUUGAAGUGGCCAUUAGCACGGGUGAUCGACAUCAUCGCUGGAGCUGAUGGCACUGUGCGAGUUGCCGUCCUGAGAACACCGUCUGGAACCACUCGUCGAGCUGUCAACAAGCUGUGCGUCCUACCCGUUGAGGAUCCUGUUAAAAGCCCUAGUCUUUCAACGGGGGGGAGUAUGUUCGGAGCAGCAGCCGAUAAUAGUUCUUCUUAA